AUGGAUGAUUUUCAGACGGGCGAGGAAACUACCUUUGUAUCAGACGAAGUGAAAAAUAUCGUUAAAGAGAGCAUUGAGAGCACAGUUGGUUCCAGCACCUAUUCGCACAACAAAGUGCAACAGUGGACUUCUCUUGUGAUUGAACAAUGCUUAAAUCAUCUGACGAAACUUGGAAAACCUUUCAAAUACGUCGUGACUUGUGUUAUCAUGCAAAAGAGUGGCGCUGGUCUACACACUGCCAGUUCAUGCUACUGGGACAGUUCCACAGAUGAUGACAUAACUCUUCUUGGAUCUGAUGCCGUGGCAAUGCAAACAAUAUUAGAUAAUCUAAAUAAUUCUGCCUCACGGUUUGACACGCGCUUCACACCUGCAAACUGUAAGGUGCUCCUGCAAGGCCGAACCGUUGAGGUAGCGGACAAGUUUGCCUACCUUGGAAGCUGUAUCAGUCCGUCCGGAUCGAAAGGCCAGAACAGUCUUCGUGAACCUGUGCCACCUGUGGGGAAGUUGCACUGUCAAAUGGGAGAACAAGUCCAUGUACUUCAUUGUGACGGUAUUCGGCCUGGCAAUAUGAGAUCGGUACACUGAUGCGCGUACGAGUUCCCAAUCAGACUCAGCGACACCCUCGCACGAAUGUCGAUUUCCUUCAACUACAAAAGUGGACUUCCUAAUUUUCUAUCAAAACCCCACCUAUGUUGUUCGCGGUUGCUGACCUGUUGCUGGACCUGUAUUGGUGUUCAGCUGCUCUCAUUCUUGACCAUUUUAUGAAAUCCAGUUAACACGGCGGUGCGGUGGUCAAUUGUAUCUUUUCUGUGGGGACUUACUUGUGGUAACCCGAAUUCCUGUUGCUCUGGUCUUCUUUCAGUUUUACAGCUGCAAAAGAUUGUGAUGUGAAGCAGAGUUCUGUUUCGGGCCGCUUAUCAACAACUCGUUUUCGUUGAAUUCCUG